CAAUUUUUGCCACCUGCCGAGAAUGCUGAGGAUCAGCUUUGCAUCAACGUUCGUCGCUCUUGCCCUUGCCACUCGUGCCAAAUCGUGUUUUGACCCUGGUCAAAACGUUUGUGCUCGCGGUACGCAGCAAUGCACGAAAGAGGACGCUCGAUACACAUUCAAUGAUGGCACGCCGAUCGGAAUACAGUCGGGAGUCCUCCUACACUCUGAUCUCACGAAGGGCUGCUAUUGCCAGUUCGCACAUGUAACUUUUUAUUCAGGCGAUGAUCCGUUGUCUUUCAAGAAACCCAAGGCCAACGACACCAUAGUGACUAGCUGCUCAAACAACUACGAUGCUUGGUGGGACGGUGCUCAAGUCAUGAACACGACCGGAGGAUCAUUGGGCGGCGAAACAUUUGACGAUAGCUACACAAGCUCAGAAUACGACACUAUGGCAUGCGCAAGUGGCUUGGAGCUUAUCGACAGCGAGGCGCCGUCCGUCAAGAGCCACCUUCUGCUCAUCGAAUGGCCCUCAGUUUCACAAGCGAUAUUUGAAGCGCCGAUCCCAAGUGGUGUCGGCAUUUUCGAGGAUGGCGACUGUCCUGGUUAUGAUUCUGGUGAAGGCUUUGGGCAAUUCUGGUGCUGCCACCGACUAUGCUGGCACGAAAUAUGCGACUAUCUGUGACCAGAAGCAAAUAGUCUACUGGAACGGUAUCGGAUGGCGAGACGUCAGGCACGAUGUAGCUUUUGGCCCACACAGCGUCACAGAUUAUUGCAGUCAGCGCUUUGAAGGACAAUCUUACGAUCGCGGCUUACUAUACGUUGUCGCUGAAGGACUUAAUAUGGGCGACAAUAGCACGGACUCGACGAAGACCAGCGGAAGUGCGCAGCAAGAUGGGGCGCUUCCGCAGAUCCGGAGAAUCAGCACCACCACGUCUUUGAUCGGUUUAUAUUUCAUAAUUCCCAUUCUGUCGUUCUUGUUGUUAUAAUUGUAAGCAUACAGUACUAAGCGUACAGUCUAUUCGCUAAUAUCCAGGAGAACCGGGAUGCCGCAUUUACGUCCGUGAGAAGCUGGAAAUAGUACCCGUCGGCUCUUAUCUAGCGUUCGUGGCUCCAAU